GUAUCUCUAGCUCUAGAGGUCUGGAGUGUCCUUCGGUGGUGACUUUGCUGCUACUGUUGAAAUACCACCAUUCAUUCGCGGUAGAAGAUUGUCUCGGGUCCUGGGAGUUACCAAUCCAAUAUCAAUCCAUUAUCAAUCAAUCAACCAACCAACCGAUUCGUAUGAACGGUUCCCACGAUGCCGCCAACGGUGCCGGUUCCUUUGUUGGAGGGGGACAAACGUCGUCAUCGUACGGAUACGACGGUGGGAACAGCCCCACAGCGACUGUAUCUCCUUCCCACCAACUCCGGAGACGCAUGGUGGAUCCGUCCGUCGACUACACCUCGCGGAACAACACACGCACAUCCCCACCCCAGAAAAGGUCCGUCUCGGCUACCUCCGUUGCCGUCAAGAAGCUGGAUUUCCUCUUUCCCAAAGUCGAUACGGAAUACACGGUGCAGACGGAUCGUGGGGGUCUCGCCUCACUCGUAGCGUACCUACUAAUUGCCGUCCUGGCCUUGGCCGAAACCGCCAGUUGGCUCUCGCAUAAUCGAGACACGGUGGACCACGUACGGGUCGAUACCAGUUUGGGUCAACGCAUGAGAGUUAAUCUUAACAUUACCUUUCCCAGUCUCGCUUGUGAUGAUUUGCACGUCGAUGUUAUGGACGUGGCUGGUGAUUCGCAAUUGAACAUUGAAGACACGCUGACCAAACGCAAAAUGGAUCGGACUGGACGGUACGGCCAGGCCGAGAUCCUGCAGAGCAACCAGCACGAGCAGGAACAAUCGCGCAAGGCCAAACUACGCCAAGAUCCGCUCCCGGACACGUACUGCGGACCGUGUUACGGCGCCCAACCCGACGUCGACGCCUGCUGCAACAACUGCGACGCCUUGUUGGAUGCCUACAAGCUCAAGGGCUGGCGGACCGAUUUAGUCCUCUAUACCGCGGAACAGUGCAUUCGGGAAGGUCGGGAUCAAAAGAAACUACGGCCCUUGAUACAGGGGGAAGGUUGUAACUUGUCCGGAUUCAUGUCGCUCAAUCGAGUGGCUGGGAAUUUUCACAUUGCCAUGGGAGAAGGCCUGCAACGCGACGGACGUCAUAUCCACGUGUUCGAUCCGGAGGAUUCCGAACACUACAAUGCUUCGCACGUGAUUCACCAUUUAAGUUUCGGACCCGAGAUUCAGGGCAAGACAAAGUCCGGAAACCUUGAUUCGUCGAGUCUCAACGGGGUGACCAAAAUGGUGACUCCCGAACACGGCACCACGGGUCUCUUCCAGUACUUUAUCAAGGUAGUGCCCACCACCUACUUGGGUCCGGGUGGCCGCCGCGACGAAUCCGGAACAUUCGAGACGAACCGCUACUUUUAUACGGAACGGUUCCGGCCGCUGAUGAAGGAAUACCUGCCGGAGGAGGCCGUCGCCGAGGACCCGAAACAAGCGGCCGUCCACGCCGGUGGGGGUCACCGAACCCACGAUCAUCAUCACGUACGAAAUUCCGUCCUACCCGGUGUGUUCUUUCUGUACGAGAUUUAUCCGUUUGCCGUGGAAAUUCAUCCGGUGAGCGUCCCCUUGACCCACUUGUUGAUUCGACUCAUGGCCACGAUUGGUGGUGUCUUUACGAUUGUGCGGUGGGUGGAUACAGCCGUCCUAGAGGGCAAUCCACGCAACCGGAGGAGCGGUCGGUAGCACGCAACGAUUGGUUCGCAUAAACACGACAAGUCGUGGCGGUGAUUGUAGUAGUAGUAG